AUGACCACCGACCAAGCCUUUGCGGCUCUUCCGGAUGAUUUGCGUGCACAGGUUUCAAAAGCAAUUGAACAAUACCCGGGAACUCGCAAUGUCUUUCUUGCAUUAUAUUCCCACUUGACGGAUCUUAAUGAUUCUUCAACAUCAAAGAAGCGUAAGCUAACACCUACACCAAGCUCAUCCAACACAACCGCCGCUGCAACUACUUCUUCUGCUUCACCUUUGAAUGUCGAUGAAGACAAAUGUCUCCGCAUCCCAGGUGUAUCGGUCCAAAUUCCUCUCCGCAAACGUCUUGAUGUUAUACUGGCUCCUGGAGGUCUUGUUAUUUUACAAAAACCCGGUGCACACAUCUCUGACCCACCAGAGUUUGUGUUGGGGGCCACACAAAUCCGUGCAGUAUAUCUAUUGCCAAUUCCUGAAAAAACGCGACCACAUUGGGCCCUCCUAAUCACCCAAAAAGCCGCCUCUUCUGAGCCAUUACUAGCAACAAUCACAGCAGAUGCCACUCGUACUGUUAUUAAGCCAACAGGUGCAGCCGCCGGAGAACUUUACUCAGGUGAUAUUAACGACAUGGUGUUGCUCUACUUUCAACGCCAAAACAUAGAGCCAACUUCUGUACAAACCCUUCCACCAGGCCAAACCUUUGUUCACGUGAGUGCACAUAGAGGGUCCAAAGAUGGUGUACUUUAUUUUCUUCCAGGAGCCGUGAUUUUUGGCUUUAAGAAACCCGUGUUGGUGUUUGAGCUCGGCGGGAUCCGAGCCAUCUCAUACUCCUCCAUCACCUCUUCUACAUUUAAUCUAAUUGUCAAGUACAAGGGAGAUGUUGAUGAUGAGGCUGUCACAGAAACAGAAUUUUCAAUGAUUGACCAACGCAGCUUUGAGGAUAUCAAUAGAUUUGUUGAUUACCAUGGACUCAGCAACGAAAGUCUUGCUGAGGAACGUCGCGCCAAGGUCGACGCAAAGGCCGUAUUCCCCGAUGAGCUCAUUAGAGCAUCACGCGAAGAAAGCAAAAAGGAUCAACAGGAGCAGCGGCAACCGACUGGUAAGAGUGCAGAUUCAGUCAAUUUUGCAAAUCAUGAAUUUGACUCUGAAGACGACGAUGAUGAUGCUGACUUUGGAGCAGGUGGUGACCAAAAUGAUGAAGAAGAUGAAUCAGGAUCAGGAUCUGAAGAUGAAAGAUCUGAAGAUGAAGAAGCAUCCGAAGAUAUUGGAGAUUCAGAUUAA